GCAAAACACAGCAGCGCAGCAUCUCUCUUCAUAUUUCUUUUGAAACGGUAAGUCUGUCGUCAGUUCCUUCCCCCCUCUGCCGAGCAUCUUCCCCGCCAACCAGGUCGCAACGUAUCGGUCCAUUUAUUUUUCUGGUCGCAACUUCCGACAAGCCGGCACGGUCUUCUGUCCCCAACAAAAGCGUUAUUGAGUCCUGCCUAAACAAACACUAGCAGCCGUCUACUACAAGAAGCCCAAUACUUAAAAACCGUCUCUCCCUCCCAGCUAGACAUCCGGUAUCCAAGAAACUCAAGCACACCUCUUUCUUUCUCUGAACUCUACCCAUCCACUGAAUUCUUCACAUAUAAUGGCUCCUGUCGACUACAACACCACUGAUGCCAGCCUGAUGGCUGCGCGCACCAAGUUCCUCAAGAACCCCAAGACCGUGGGCAUCACAUGCGUGCCGUUCAGCGGCGGGCAGCCCAAGGGCGGCGUCGACGACGGACCUGUCGAAAUGAUGCGCUUUGGCGUUCUCGACCAGAUCCAGGACAUGGGCUACAACAUCGAGCUCAGCGAUGGCAUGGACAAGUACCAGACCAUGAAGCCGGCCGAUGAUCCGCCUAUCGGCAAGAUGAAGAACCCACGCUAUGUGUCGAUGGCUGCACGCCGCGUCGCCGAGCAGGUGCGCGCCCAGUGCGAGAAGGGCAACAUUGCUGUGACUCUGGGCGGCGACCACUCGAUCGGCAUGGGCACCCUGGUGGGCAGCUCGUCGGUGUAUGGCGAUGAUCUGUGCGUGAUCUGGGUCGAUGCGCACGCGGACAUCAACACACCUGACACGACGGAGUCUGGCAACCUGCAUGGCUGCCCGCUGUCAUUUGUCCUCGGCAUCUGCGAUGCUGAGAGUCCGUUUGACUGGAUCAAGCCGUGCAUCCGUAAGGACCGCCUCGUCUACAUUGGCCUGCGCGACGUCGAUGCUACUGAGAAGGCAAUUCUGCGCAAGCACAACAUCAAGGCCUUCAGCAUGCACGAUGUCGACCGUCACGGUAUCGGCAAGGUCGUCGAGAUGGCGCUGGACCACGUCAACAAGGACCGGACGCUGCCGGUACACAUGAGCUUCGACGUCGAUGCCCUCGACCCGUCGGUUGCGCCUGCUACGGGAACCCCCGUGCGCGGCGGCCUGACCUUCCGUGAGGGCCAUUAUAUCUGCGAAGCUGUCGCCGAGACCGGAUGCCUGGUGUCCCUUGAUCUUGUCGAGGUCAACCCUGCGCUGGGCGACCCCGAGUCCCUGCGCCAGACGGUGGCCGUUGGCUGCUCGCUCGUUCGGUGUUCGCUUGGUGAAUCGCUUCUCUGAGUUGGCAAAUUUUUCUCCGCUCCUCCUAAACCCCCAAGUGCAUUAAACGUAAUAUACUCCUACCUCUCCUAUCUGCGCCUAGCGCAUGUGAAUGGCACUGCUGGACUGGCAUAAAUUGCCCAGGUCACCUGCGGCAAGCACACUGCUUUUUUGACGCCUGCAGAGCGACAGAUCAUGCUGGGCCUAUGUCAGAGGUGCAGUUGUCACGAGAAGUAAAAUGUGUCUAGGCGCUCAUGCUUCUCAGGUUGUUUUGUGCCGCUGGCUUGUGCAUUCCCCGAGCCAUUUGGCGUUACGUGGCUUUCAUGUACUGUUGGCGCACCCGUUUCAAAAUGGCUGACAUGUUGCUCGCUGAGAUGCUCUUGAAGGGCUAGUAUUACUGUGAUCACCCAGAAGUAAUUAGUGCUUUAAUGCAAC